AACAAUAAAAAUAUUGGAAUUGAAAUAAAUUGAAUUUAUUUAUAAUUGACAAAUAUUUUAACUUGUUAGAUUUUCGUUUCUGUAAUUCUGUUCGAUUUUAUUUUAAUUACAAUAAAUGGGGGAUUCAAAUCAAAACCGAAAGACAAAAUUGGUAGCACAAUCACACAGCAAAUAUGAGAAACGAGCGAGAAUUACCAAUAGAAAUGAACAAAGAACAGCCCUCACGAAAAAGGCUAGGAAAAAAGCAACUACGAAAAAACGUAGAAACGCCGAACAAACAGCAAGUACGAGCCAAAGUGCAUCAACUUCAGGUGUAGCAACUACGAACAAAUACGUCGAAAUGAAAGCAACUUCAAGCAAAUGUGUCCAGAAAAUGGGUGAGAAAUUUUCAUUUCUUUUAAAUUCUGAAACUUCAAAUGAGCAAGCGAAUGUGAGCAAACAAAUAGCAACUUCAAGUGGAUGCGACGAAAGAAAUUUUGACGAUCCAAUGGCAAAUUCAAGUGAAUCUGAUGAGUCUGAUGAAUCUGAUGAUUCAAUGACAUCUUCAAGUGAAAGCGAAGAAUAUAAUUCAAAUUCAAGUGAAUCUGACGAAGAAGUAGCAACUUCGAACAAAUACGUGGAACAAAUGGUAAAUUCAAGUGAAUCUGAUGAAACGAUAACAUCUUCAGGUGAAUGCAAGAAAAGUAGAAUAAAUUCAAGUGAAUCCGACGAACAAGUAGCAAGUUCGACUGAAUACGUCGAAAAAACAGAGAAUUGUGAAUCUUCAGGUGAAGACGAGGAACGUAAUUCAAAUUCGAGUGAAUCUGAGGAACAUGUAGCAUCUUCGACCAGACGUGUCGUAAUAACAGUAAAUUCAUGUGAAACUGAAUCUUCAGAUGAAUGCGAGGAAUCUAGUUCAAAUUCAAGUGAAUCUGACGAACGAACAAUAGCAACUUCGACCAAUAACGUCGAAAAAUCAGAGGCAACUUCGAGCGUAUGCGUCGACGAAACAGCAAAUUCAAGUGAAUCUGAAUCUUCGAGUGAAGACGAGGAACCUGAUUCAAAUUCAAGUGAAUCUGACGAACCAAACGAAUCUUCAAAUAAAUGCGAAGAAAGAAAUUCAAAUUCAGGUGACUCCGAUGAAUAUAUAGAAUCUUCAAAUGAAUAUCAGGAAGCAAAUUCAACUUUGAAUGAUCGCGAGGAGAAAUCAUCUUCGAGUGACGAAGAAAUUAAAACAAUUCUGAUGAGAAAUAUGCGAAAAUCAACUUCCAGCGAAUCUGAUGAAGAAUCAACUUCCAGCGAAUCUAAUGAAGAACCAACUUUGAGUAAAUCUAAGAAAAUAAAGCCAACUACCUCCGAUUCUGAUGAAGAAUCAACUUCCAGCAAAUCUAGUGAUGAACCAACUUCGAGUAAACCUAAGAAAAUGAAGCCAACUACCUCCGAUUCUGAUGAAGAAUCAACUUCCAGCGAAUCUAGUGAUGAACCAACUUUGAGUAAAUCUAAGGAAAUGAAGCCAACUACCUCCGAUUCUGAUGAAGAAUCAACUUCAAGCGAAUCUAGUGAUGAACCAACUUUGAGUAAACCUAAGAAAAUGAAGCCAACUAAAUCAGAUUCUGAUGAAGAAUCAACUUCCAGCGAAUCUAGUGAUGAACCAACUUUGAGUAAAUCUAAGAAAAUGAAGCCAACUACCUCCGAUUCUGAUGAAGAAUCAACUUCCAGCGAAUCUAGUGAUGAACCAUCUUUGACUAAAUCUAAGGAAACAAAGCCAGAUACAUAUGAAACUGUUGAAGAAUCAACUUCCGGUAAAUUUUUCGUAGCAACUUGCCAUAAAUCUGAUGAAGAAUCAACUUCCAGCGAAUCUAGUGAUGAAACAACUACCUCCGAUUCUGAUGAAGAAUCAACUUCCAGCGAAUCUAGUGAUGAACCAACUUUGAGAAAACGUAAAAAAGCGAGACUAACUAAGAGGAAAUUGGGCAAACACAUUCUGACUUUAAGCAAAUACGAGGAUCCUGCGAAAACUAUUAAAGAGUGUGACGCAAUAAUAGAAAAGUUGACACUCGCUGAUAAUGUUAUAAAAAACAUAUUGGUAUCUUUGAAACCAAAGAUUUUAACUGUGAGUGCGAAGACUAAGAGAUUAUAUUCGAGGGAAUGUCUAAAUCACGUUCAUUAUGUACUAAGAUAUGUGCACUCGGAAAAGAUGUACGAUAUACUCGCUACAGAUAGUGACGUUAUAAUGUACGGUGCAUCUGAUACGAUUGAAAAACGCAAAACUUACUUAUUGACGUGGCUCAAUACGAAACAGCUGUGCAAGGCAGUCCAUACACCGGAAGAUAAAGUUGAUGCGCUUUAUUACAAGUCGAGACGUACUGUACGUCUCGGUGCGUUUCGAUCGAAUUACCCGAUGUUCAAGAUGAACCACGACGAUGAUGAGAUGAGGACGUACGUUCUGGGACCGAACGGAACGGAAAUUUCCGAAUGCUGGAUGAACCGGGUGCCGGUGCACUGCUACAAAGCGACGAUUUGCUCUCUGAUGAGUAUCCUCUUCAAUAAGAAAACUUGGGACUUGACCUGCGUGUACGGUUUGGACAGGAAGAAGGUCAACGAUAUUGUCGUCUGCGUGAGCGAAAACUACUCCGUCACGAGAGCGGCGGUGAUGAAAUGCAUGAACGAACAGUGCAAGAUCGUGUCGAAGUCUUUGAUGAAGCAAGAGAGAAAAGUGCAAAAGCACUGAUUCAAUUUUUGACGAUGAACGCAAAUAAUUGACUCAGUCUCAUUCAUUUUAUAUUUAUAUAUCAAUCAACGUUUUUAAUUUACACUUGUUUUAAUCAAGACUAACAGUUUUAUACGAUGCAAUAAAAAUAUACAAUUAUCAAUAAGUACACUAAUCUGAAGCAAAUAUUUCAAAUUUCCAACUGUGAUAUUUGUAGCGGUAAUUUACGGUCAAAUUGUUUUGAAAUCUCCAAAAUCGAGUGUAUUUACAGAUUAUUAAUUAUCAAUAAGUACUCUAAUUUAACAAAUAUUCAUAGAAUUUACACUUUUUUCUUACUUGCAGCUCAUUGGACGUUGGAGAUGCGUACUGAAGGUACAAACAGUUUCAUGUUGGUAUAAAAAGGACGAAAAGCAAGUUUUUAUCUUGUACCAGUCACAAGCCUACUAUAGUUUUGAAUUUUGAACUUAACCCAAAGCAGACUAAAAUUUGAAAUGGUUCCUCAAAUAAACGUAGAUAACGAAGAAAUGUUGCGUGAGGAAGCAAUGGGACUAGUUCCUCAAGUAAACGUAGAUAAUGAAGAAAUGUUGCGUGAGGAAGCAAUGAGAUUAGUUCCUCAAGUAAACGUAGAUAAUGAAGAAGUUUUGCGUGAGGAAGUAAUGGAAUCAGUUCCUGAAAUAAACGUAGAUAAUGAAGAAAUGUUGCGUGAGGAAGCAAUGGGACUAGUUCCUCAAGUAAACGUAGAUAAUGAAGAAGUGUUGCAUGAGGAAGCAAAUGAAUCAGUUCCUUAAAUAAACGUAGAUAACGAAGAAGUUUUGCGUGAGGAAGUAAUGGAAUCAGUUGCUCAAGUAAACGUAGAUAAUGAAGAAGUGUUGCAUGAGGAAGCAAUGGAACAAAGGGAUGAAGUUACUGAUGGCGAGGAUACUGACGAAGAAUAGAUGGAUAUGUCUAGUUUCGGUUGAAACGGGAGUAUGAUACUCCCGGAGCAAUUCCAGUCUAUUAAAUGGAAUUGCUAUAAAAGAGCAAAACGUACGUUGAUGCAGGUGCUUUUUACCAGAAAAACUAUGGCAACUCAUAGCUUAACUGGAAAAGCCAGUAUUGCUCUGCUUGACACCGGUAGAAAACCGAGACCGCAAUUGAACAUUGAAUUGGUCGAGGACAUCGUGAGCAUCGUGAUAUGAAAAAAUGUGAUGUUCGCAGAAAUGAAGUUCGUCAAGUUAUAACUAGAAAAUGUUCCGAUGAGCGUAAGAUGGCGAAGAAACGUGGAGAAAUUUGAAGCUGGACAAACAAAAUUUUACGAAAUUCCAUUGUAUAUUAGUAAACUUUUUC